AUGAUGCGGCCGUCCCAGUCGGCAUCGACGUCAGAAUUGCGAGGCGCAGAUGCAGCGCCAGUCCAGCUGGAUGCCUCGCCCCACGUGCAGAGCAGGGAGGGUCAGCCAAUAUCACGGAUAGCAAGGCAAGACGGCAGGCCACCUGGUGGAUUUGUGUUUGACCUGGUGCUGGAUCGCUUCUUUUCCGCUUGGCAAGCUGUCAGCAAGGAUGGACGUCAGUACAGGCGAUCUCGACGUGACACCAGCUCGCGAAAGUGGCUGGGGACGCGAUGCUCCACUCGAUUCCUGUGGAGGUUGGUUUCGUCACUAAAGUGCUUCGUUGACAAGCCUUUACCGGUGCAGCUGUUUCGAGGGAUGAGGUGCCGACACAAGGAAACCCAGAGAGCUGGAACUUUCCUGUCGUGCGGCGAAAGAGGCAUCUGCAAGGUAUUGUUCGACGGUGACCAGGAGCCUGCUUUUGUUUUGGCAGCGCAGCUCCUCCGAAUCCACGUCGCGCCGCACCCCUUCCUGGCUGGGCUGGCCUUCCUGGCUUGGGCCCUGGCUCAUGCAGAGAACGAGGACCUGAAGAUUGACGGCCUGCGCACGGCGCUCCUGUUCGGCCAGGUCAUGGGCAAGCAGGGCAAGGGCAAGACGGGGAAGCCCGGGAAGUCCGGGCAACUCACCAUGCUGGCAGUGAUGCAGGAGGAGGCCGCGAAAGGUCUGAGGUUCUGCUUCUCCGCCUGGAAGACUUCGACAAGGAAGAGGACCAAGUUCCCAGCUUUCCGCCGUUUGAUGGGAGAGGCUUUCCAGGGCUGGCUGGAGGCGCUGCUGCGAAGCCGGAGCGACCGGGCCCAAGAGCUGCUGCAAACCACGCAGGCGGACCUGGCUCAGCUGCGGGGCGCCGCGCUGUCCAGGCGUGGCCAAGCUGAAGGGCUCCGAGGCCGCGUCCUCGAGGCCCUCGAGCGGCUUGCGCCGCUCUCGCCGUGGCUCCUGCGCCGGAUGCUUUUCGCCUGGAGGUCGUCGUCGCUUCGAGGCCGCCUCAUGGCCGAGAGCCGCGCGCAGGCCCGCCGAGCCCUGGCCUUCUCGGCCCUCCAGGUGGCGGAAGCCAUGGGGAAGCUCACGGUGAGUUUCCUCCGGCCCCAUCUGCAAGCCUGGGCUGACCGCGCAAGCCAGGCCCGCAAGCUGCAACGUGCCGCACAAAGCACCCUGAAGGAACUGAUGGGGAGCUCGCUUUCGACAGUCUUUCGUGCCUGGAAGCAGAUGAAGCUCAGCAGAUACCAGACCUUGGUGGCGAAGCUACAUCAACGCGAGCGCGAGUACGCCGAGCUCCAUGAGCUUUCGGAGUCCUUCUUUCGAUGCUCCCGGGAAUGUGCCCAGCGCUUGAAACACAUGGAGACUGCUGCGCGAGCUGCGGACCGAGCUCUCCAGAUUGGCGCCGCCAGGGCCGACUCUUUGGAGGCCGAGGUCCAGGCGCUGCGCCGGGCACUGCAGGAGCGCGUGGUCGACUCGGGGAGCCUUGGCAACGACUUGAAGGAGCAGAUGGAAGAGCGAUGCCAAGAGGAGCUCUUAGCCUUCAGCAGGAGAGCCGCGACAUUGGAAGCAGAGUUGGAGGCAAGCCGCGGCAUGGAGGUCAAGCUGCGACUUGAUGACGCGAAGGAGGCACCGCCCACAGCGAUCACCUCCCGCAAAGCGGCCCUGGCCGAGGCCCAAGCUCUUCGGGAGGCGGCUGCGCGCGCAGAGUACCACGAGGUAGACCUCCUGGAGGCCGCACGGGCUGUGGCUCGCGAAGCUACGGCAGAUGCCGCUGCACAGCACAGGGCGCUGAGCUCUCUGAUUCGGAAGGAGCCAGAGCUGGCGGAGCUGGGCCUCCACAUGGAAGAACCCCUCGACCCCGUUUCCGACCGCUCCAUGCUGCCUUCGCUGCCUUUGGAGUCCUUCGAAGGGGCCAAAGGCACGGACAAGAACGUCCCAAACAUCCCGGACGCGAUGGAAAGAAGGAGGGGUGAGAAGGGCGAGCUUGCCGAGGUACCCCUCUCCUCAGCGGGCCGUGCUACACAGACGUCCCUGCCCUGGAUGGCCCCGCCCGUGGCCCCGUCCGCUCUUGCCUCCAGUCGGUCCGCGGACCGCCAGCGCAAGUUUGUAAAUGCCUGGAAGCCCAGCGGCAAAAACCUUCCUGACACCGCUAAUGAGGACGCCAUGAGCUUUGAUCUGGCCUCCAACAUCUUGAGAACCGGCGCCUACUUCAAGAAGAAGGCUGGGCGGCGCUCCUCUGUGACACGCUACUUUUUCGUGGGCGAGCCGAACAGCACACAGGGAUUUCUGAAAUAUUUUCGCGACCACAAGAUGGCCCAGACGCCCAGGGGCGGAUUUGACCUGGUGGACCUGGUGAGGGCCAGCUGGGACGGCCAGCAGCUGAGCGUCACACUGACACAAUCAACCAAGACGGACGCUUCGGAGAGGGGCCUGGUGGAGAUCCCUCCGAACUUUUUCCAGGCUCUCCUCGUUGCUGUCCACGAAGCGGAGUUCCGGCGCCAGAACCCUGACGACGUUGAUGGCUGA